GGAUGUCGUCACUUCCUGGCGGGGUUUUCCAACUGAGAGCAACCGAGGUAAACAAAACCACCGUCCAAGUGACUUUAAACAAGGAUUCAGGUGCGACAGCCGCUGAAAGCUUUUGACAGCUUAUCGUCAAAGUCAAUUAGCCGACGUAGUUAAUUGCUAACGGACUGCUGUGUUUAUUUAAAGCCAACAGUAAGAUCAAUUAAUCAAGGUGAUCUGAAAUAGACUUUCUCGUGUGAAGGUCUUUGUUCUGUCGUCCUUCCUUGUUCUCUGAUGGACCCACCGGACAACGCGGGGAACCUCAACCACAUGAUGGAUGCUGUGGCACUGAAUGAUUGCCCUGAACCUGACAGCUCCAACAGACAGAGGGACACCUCCCCUAGAGACAUGCUGAGAAUAAAACAGCAAAUGUCCAACCAGUGCUUUGAGAUGGCAGUACAGCUCCAAGCAGGAAAAAGUAAGAGAUCAUGCAGCACAUCUGAAGCUGAGAGAGACUUACCAGCUUAUGUCAAGGAGCUGGAAAAAGUCAAGAUGAAUCAUUUUAACAGCACAUUGACAUUGCACAGAAUGCAGAUGUGGCAUGCCAUCGGAGAAAAGCUGAAACAGAAUGAUUUAGAGGCUGAAGCACUGAAAGCUGUGAGCGAUCGCUGUAUGGCUCUUUGUUCACAUAUAAAACAACUUCAGAAAGAGUCAGGAGAUCUUCAAGAUGAAAUUACAGAAAUACAGAAGAAAAGACUUGAGAUGAAACGGCUCACACAUGAGAAAAUGAAAGAGAUGGAAGACUUGAUGUCCAAGAAAGAGCACCCAGACACAGAGAAGUAUAAAGCAGCGUUGGAGAAAGGCCGGGCGAACCUGGAGAAAUAUAAAAAGAUGGCCAUCAUGACACAGAACGUGCUCAGGGGCAUCCUAUUGGCCUGUAAAGUCAACUGGCUGGAUGAUCCCAAACUUCGAGACAUUGCCAUGACGCUGGAGGAGUUUCCUACCUCUGACUAGAGAAGAAAUGUAUUCACUCAUAAGUGUUUCUGUGUUGUAUUGUCUAAUAAUAAUAAUAAUAAUAAGUAUAUCAAAUAAAACUGUUAA